AGAGGAAGCUGGUCUCUCACAUUAGACUGUAUUUUGGCUUUCCUUGACCACAUGUUAAGCUGGAUCAAAGCAAGAAAGACCAGAGAAAUUUACUGCUGAACGCCUUCAACUCUGCAAGACCACAUGAAAGCAGACGUCAUAUGUCACUUGACCAACAGGACAUCAGAUUCAACUCGGUUGCUUAGCUGGUAUCACCACAGCCUUGUCAUCAGAGCCUGAUAUAAGUAAUGUUCAACGUCAACAAGAAAAUACUCAUCAACCUUUGACUCGGGAAGAUUAUCAUAGCCACUACAGGAUAACUACCAGUAUUCAUUGAAAACGUUUGACUCAGGAAGAUUUUCAGAGCCACUACUACAGGAUAACUAUCAGUAUUCAUUGAAAACAUCAACAGAAGCGCAAAAAUAAUGGCACUGUACACCAAUGGCCAUAUUUCUCAAAUACUGCUCACAAUUUUACUUCUGACUCAAAUCAAAGAUGGCUGCACCUGUCCGAAAAACUGUAUGUGCUACGAGGAAAAUAAAGUGAAAACAGUUGUUUGCAUUGAACAUAUUCAAAAUGGCGGAAUGAAUGAUUCGCAACUCCGGGCAACUAUAAACGACAUAUCCAGCGAGACCGACAGUUUACACUUUAUGGGUGUUGACGUUGCUGUUCUCGGAAAUAACACCUUUGACCCGUUGUCAUCGUUACGAGAACUUAGUUUCAUCAAUAGUCGUGUGGUGGAGUUACAAUCAGAUACGUUCGCUGGACUUGUCAACUUGCAAGUUUUGAGCCUAUCGGGAAAUCGGAUUACAACGCUGCCCAAAGGACUGUUUAGAAAUCUCAGGAAACUUGAGAAGAUAGACCUGCAUCAGAAUAGAAUUUCUCGCCUAGAAAACGGAAUGUUUCAUGGCGGUGUGAGCGUGAAAGAUCUCAAUCUCCAUAGUAACAAACUCGUCAUAGGCAAUGACAGUUUCCAUGGGUUACCAAAUCUAGAAAUGCUGACUCUGCAAAAUACUAGUUUGAAGGAAAUCCACCAGGGAGCACUACUUGGUUUGAACAAAUUAAAACAUUUAGAGAUAUCGGAUAACAAGGGGCUGCAUAUUCAUCCUGAGACUUUCAAACACUUGUCAAAUCUUGCAUUUUUAGGAUUGCGUGGAAUUGGACUACGUGAUGAUUUUCGAGGGAAUAUACUCAAUGGACUUUUAUCCCUGACAAAACUUGACGUCAGUUUUAACAAACUCGAUAAAAUUCCAAAACCAGCGAAUGCUCACAAAUUGGAGACAUUGAUUAUGACAGAAAACAAUAUGAAGUUCAUUCCAAAAAACAGCUUUAAGGAUUUCAAAAACUUGAAGGAAAUUCACUUGGAUUUUUGCAACGUCACAUCAAUCCAUGAUCAGGCUUUUUAUGGACUGUCGAAUCUGAAAAUCUUGAAAUUAGACCAUAAUCGUUUGAUUUCAGUUUCCCCUGCAAUUUUGGGGAGUUUGACUUCCGCGACGGUGUCCCUCAUCGGGAAUUUAUGGUCAUGUGACUGUCGCAUGUACCACACAAAACACUGGAUACACCAAUCGAAAAGAAACGUGGAUAUCAUAUGCGACAGUCCAUUAGAAUUGUUAGGGCGAAGUUUACAAUCCCUGCCACCAGAUGUCCCAGAUUGCCGCGCACCCGUCAUCAAAGACUGCUGCCACGACUCUUACAUCGUGAAACAAGGGGCCGACAUUACAGUAAAUUGCACAGCUACUGGGGUCCCAGCACCAGAGACAAAGUUUUCGGUAACUAGCCCAGGAAUGGGCAAAUCAUCGCAAAGUCUGAACACUCUGACUUUAACAAACGUCCAGACAGGUGGCAAUUUCUCAUGCACAGCUACAAACGUUGUCGGGGUGUCCAGGAAAUAUUUCUUGAUACAAGUGAUUAGUAGCGACUGUGGUCCCGACCCACGUGUGAUUGUAAUAUUUGUUACCAUAUUACUUGUCAUAAGUGCUCUCAUUCUGUUUGUGGUAAUUUAUGUAACUAAAUAUAAACGUGGGAAAAAGCACUUCGUCAAGAUUGAUAAGACUGAUAAGGAUAUAUCAGGGUUAAUGGAACACACGAACGGAGCAUAUGAUUUAUGAUGUUAAUUCCAAUUAGAAAUAAAAGUGUUGUCUGUUUUUG